UUAUCAUACUGCGGGCGUCUGUGAUUUUUGUAAUUUAUUGAAAUAUUAAAAUCACUAUUUAAAUCGAAUUUGUAUAUUAAAGUGUGAACCUAUUAAAAAUGGAGUGGAUGAUACCGGUAAACGAUAUGCUCAAAGACGAGAUCACCAAAGUGAAUUAUACAUUAAUACCUCCAGGGUGCCAGGGUGAUGUUCGUACUGUGAGAAUCGUGCAAGAAAGUCUGGGCAAGCUGAUCGACUCCCUCGGGGAACAGUCAGCAUCGGCCCAGGGCCUCUCCAAAGCCAUCACCACCGCUGAGAAGUUGCGGAACGCGCCAACUCAUGUCCUGUACCUGUUGAAAGAUGCCAGUGCUAAAAACGGCGACGGCGAGAUCAUAGGCUUCCUAAAGGUGUCCUACAAACACCUGUAUCUGUUCGACGAACGUGACAAGGUGCGCGAGGUGGAGCCGCUAUGCGUGCUCGACUUCUACGUGAGCGGCGCGCGGCAGCGGCGCGGCAACGGCAGGAAGCUGUUCGACUACAUGUUGCAGGAUACCGGUAGCCGGCCCCAGGAUCUGGCUGUGGACGGCCCGUCAUCCAAGAUGGAGACCUUCCUCGCCAAAAACUACGGCGUCGACCACCUCAUCCGUCAGAGCAACAACUUCGCCGUCUCGCCUGCUUUCUUCAUUACUUCGCCUGAUGCCAAUAAGUCUGGUCGCACCACGCCUGUGAUCCCGACGGCGGCGGUAGGACGGUUCGCCGCCCGCAAACCACCCUCCUCUAUCUCUGAUGUGAUUCACGGGGCUACGGACCGGGUGUACGUGGAAACGAAUAAUGGAUCUCCCGAGGACACUCCGGCACCAGCGCCCGAGCCUCCAAAGAUCCCAACUCCGGAGCCCGAGCCGGAACCGGCACCGGAGCCCGUUCCGGAAAUACCGGAAUUGCCGGCUUCACCCAGCCCGGAACGCCCGACCACUUUACAGGUCGCCCCGGCGGUUUCAGCCGCGCCAUCUCCGGCAGGCUCGGCCGCACCACGUCGCGAUUCCCAACUCACCGAUCAAGGGUACUUUGAUGUCAAGUUCUACCACAAUAAGCUGUGGUAAUUACCUUGGGUGUUUUAAUUUGUGUCCAUUCCUUUUUCCUUGAUGCUGUUUCGUUGUGAGUUUAUGUAUUUGGGUGUUUAGAUGGCUGAUUUUGAACGCGGAUUGCUUGUAAACUGGAUUAAGAUGUUUUCUUUCAUCUUGGAGGUUAGCCUUUAAAGGGUUCCCUGUGAGGGCUUGUGUAUUUGGAUUUCUAGAUGACAGAAAAGAAACUGAUUACUUGUAACAUGACUUAAGAUGUAUUGUUUUAAGUAUCCCUGAACUCUUCCAUUAAGGGAUGUAAUUGAAGUAACUGAUAAACAUCGGAAUCGUUGAGUCAGGACGGCCCCAGUCAUUUUUCUCUUAGCGUCAGUUGGCAACGUAGUAGAGUAAGCUUUAAACACUUGUUUACUAAACACCAGUAAGAUUGAAUGGACUACUAUAACUUGAGAUGACGAAUAAGCUCUUUUUAAUUACAUUUUUAACUUUGAUACUUAUCCUGGAAAAUAUGGAAAUAGACAUCGAAAUACCGUCCCUGUUGGAGCGAUUCCAAUCACAUUAUGUCCGCUCCGCUUGUGUUAAAGUUUAUUGGUUUUCAAGUGCUAGAAAACUUAAGUCCUACUGAAAAGUUUCUAUGUCCUAUGUCAUAAUUUCAUACAACUAUUGGAAAACUUUGAAAAUCAAUAAGCUUUACAGAACCUCACUUAAAAAUAACCACGGUGACUUGAUCAUGAUUUUCAAUUAAUAUCGUUUUUAUUUUUCGUUGACGCUUUCGUUUAUAAAUACAGACACCAAAACCGUUUUCUUUCAAGAUUCCUUGAUUUAAUACCUGGCCUAUUCAUGUUAGUGCGUCUACUACAGUAAUAUUGCUUGAUGAUGUAUGUACUAGCGGCUGAUAUGAGAAAAUGAUAUAUCUUCACUGUAUUCAAAUUAUGUAGAAUGACGCAUCGAUUAUUUGUUUUAUUCUUUGCAAUCAGACCAAUCUAAAUUAUUUCAUUGUGUAAUAUAAUAACUAAUAUAUUAUGUACCUACACUGUCAAAGUUACAUAUACAUUUAUGUAAUAAUACCUAUGGAUGUGCGUACAAAUCGUGUAGUUUGAUUGUCAAAUAGCUUGUACUUCACUUUAUACACAGUUAGGCAUUUAAUCAGUUGUUAAUUUUCAAUGGGACAUUUUUAUUCCUUUAUUUUAGAAUAGGUUAAUAUCAGAAAGCUAAAAAGACAAACAGAAUUAAGUUAAUCAAAUAGUGAUUUAAAUCGUUCGGAUUCUGGUGAAUCCACCGGUGUUUUUUACAAAUUAUAAGGCGGCGAAAGGCGAAGUACUUUUAUAUAGUUGAUUUCCUCAUAUAACUUAUUUUAUAUGCUUUCAUUUUAAAGAUUCGGCCGCUAAAGUGGGUGUAUAUUUAAAAAAAAUUAGUUCUGCCGAGUGUUUGGAAAGGCUUGCGUUGUUUGAGCACGAGUGGAUUCAUUCGAUUA